AUGAUUCUAUUUCUAUUAUUUGUUCAAAAUCUUAAAGGUCACCGUUUGAACACCACAGUGAUAAAAUAUGUUCACGCUGACUUUGGAGUGCAAUGUGUUUUGCUAUGUCUGAACGAAGACACAUCAUGUAGAUCUACUAACUUCAGAAAAACCUCAAAUUCUGAUAAAAAUUGUGAGUUACUCAGGGAUGUUCAUUCAGAAAAACCAGACCUAUUACUCGAGGACGUCCAAUUUGAUCACUUCCAAUUACUCGAUCCUAAUAGGGUAAGUAUGAACCGUUCUUGUAUAUACAUGAAAAAAAAUUCAUAUUCGCGUUCAGUCAGGGAUUGUGGAGCGAACUCAACCUCGCAAGGCAGGCUCUCUACUUUCGCUUCCCUCCCAAACACACUCCAGCAAAAGAUCCUGGUGUAGGCUGGUGACGUGACACCUGGUCACGUGACACCACAAGUCACUUUAUCGCGUGGGAGAGUAGGCUGAACUAUGUGAAAUGCAAAGAUUGAGUUUCUAGGAGAGUUUAUUUCGAAAAUCGGAUUGAUGAAAAUGUAUGAUUUACUUUAGUUGUUUAGACCAAGAGCGAUAGCCUAUAAAAACAAGCCGCUUUAAUGACUGAUUCCGUUUUAAAACAAAUCCUAAAUUUACCGCUUUUAGUUUUAUUUAUAUCAAACUAAAAACAUAAUUAAUGUAAUUAUCUCGGGCGAAUAAAUGACAAACAGCACUCUAACUCGAAUGGAUAUUGAUACAAUAUGACAUUAUGUAACUGGCCAGACAAGUAACAAUGCAAAAAAAACAUGAAUUAUUAAACGUAAAUUUACAAUUUACAUUAUAGCCUAUAGAGCGUUUGCACAUGACGUCACAGCCGCCAUGUUGGUGUUCCAAUUCAAAUAAUUUUAAUUAGACUCUUUUGUCCGGAACACCAACAUGGCCGCCAUGGCUUUUGUCGAGUAGGUCCCUGGGGAAUGAGUGCAAACGCUCUACAGUAUACAGUAUACAGUGUCUCAAAAAACAGUAACCCUUUGAAAUCAAGCCUUUGUUAGAAUUUGAAUGCCUUAUUACUAUGCUGAACCCUCGCGUGUGCGUAAAAAAAUAUACCUAGUCUUCUUUAGUACACGAUUUUCUACUCCUGGACAUUUAAAAUAACUUCUAAUCGUAUGAAUUAAAGAGCACAACUGCAUAAAAAGUUAUCAAAUUACUAAUCAUUUCAAAUCAUUAGUCAUAUCACUUCUAUUCUGUUUACGCACCCGUGGGUUCGGGAUCCGAUAGUAAUAUGGCAUUCAAAUUCCAACAAAUGCUUGAUUUCAAAGGGUAUACCCUUUGGAGACAUCCUGUAGUAUACCCGUUAAUUUUCGCCACACUCGUAGCAUAAUGAAAAAAUAUUGCGGAACAAAACAACAACACCUCGAUACCUAAAAUUUGUUUUAAGUCCCUUAACGCAGGAAGAUUUUCACUUGAGUAUUAAGAGGUAUGUUACCUUCAAUGAUCCGAAGGAUACAGGUUCAAGGGGAAACGUCAAAAUUCAAAAAGUCAGGUAUAAAUUGCUUGUAUAACUAUUCCGCAACUUUAUUCUCAACUUGGCGGGUUCUUUAGGUUCUUGUGAUUCUCAGUGAUGAUAUUUCCCUCGGGGCAAAGCCCCUUGGAAAAUAUCAUCACUUCGGGUAAAUAUUUAUCAUUUAUAGACCCGGAGCGAGGGGGAUUCGGUGUAAUAUUUCCCGAAGUGAUGAUACUUUCCGAGGGGCUUUGCCCCGAGGAAAAUAUCAUCACUGAGGGAUAGCCGAAUCCCCCGAGCGGAGGGUCUAUAAAUUAUAUAUUAUACCGAAAGUUAAAGAACCCACCAAGUUCAGAAUAAAUUUUAAAUCUUGAAGCGAAUGUAAUUUUUGAUUUCUUAUGUACAUACCUGAGUUUUUGACGUUUUCUCUUUAAAAUAUUUGAGUAUAUAUCCUUUGGACCGUUGAAGGUAACAUACGUCUUGAAAAUCUAUGAUUAUAACUUAAGUCAAUAUAUCUUACGUACGAAAUUACAAACAAAAUAUCAAAAACAACAGCUCGCGAACGCCAUAUUGUUUCAAAGCGUGGUGUCCACGCGUCACGCGUGAGCGUGGUAUACUAUAAUAUCCAACGGUGGAUCUACCGUGGGAUAUUAUAGUAUUUCACGCUGCAUUGCGUAAUCAUGAAUUUGAGUGAAAUACCGUAAAAAUCACAUUGUCAUGUGGUACAAAUGUUGUUUUUUAAUUGGACAAUUUGAAUUGCCGAAUAUAUAUUAAUUCCCCGAGCGGACGGUUCUAUAAAUGAUAAAUACAUGAUAGGAUAUACGAUACAUAUAACUUAUAUGAUAUAAGAUAGAAUAACUGACUUGUUACAUUUUACACAUUUCCUGGUAGAUGUUCAGAAGAAAAUUGAAAAUUGCCAUUUUUGAAGAGUCGGCCAGGGCCUUGAUUUUUCUUUUUGACCUGCACAUAUUAUAAAGUGCAAUUACAUGUAUUAACGAUCAAAAACGUUUUAAACCACAUAUAGGCACUAUACAAUGUGUCAUGUAAUGGUAACCAGUUGUUAUGAAUAUUCUUCCAACAUGGCCGCCAUGAUGUUAUGAAUGUUCUACAAAAUAAUUCCAUAUAUACAUGUGGGUAAAGUAAACACCAGAGAAUUAACGAGAAAAUAUUUUAUAUCAUGAUUCAAAUUACUCGCCCCACGAAUAUAGAAAGGGAAUCAAUAUCCUUCAAGCAGACUAUCAUUUUGUUUAUUAAUUUCUAGAAACCUCCAGAACCAGUUUCAACAAGCACUCCGCCUCAGAUAACGUCGACAACACAAAAACCAUCAUCAA